AUGUCAAAUCAAUCAGGUAUUACUGCUGAUCAAGAAUUGCUAGAUAUUUUAAAUAAUUCAAAACAACAAAAUGAUAGUCAAUAUUUGAUUGUUGUAGCUAAGAUAUCUCAGGACUCGAAUCUGGUUAAAUUCUCAACUCAAUUUACUUUGUUAGAACAAUUGAAACAAAAUUUGGGGGAUGAGCCAUUAUACAUAUUUAUUAAAAAUUUUCAAAAAGAUACAAAACACUAUAAUUUUGUUUCGUUCGUGCCGGAUAAUUCUUCAAUAAGAUCUAAGAUGAUUUAUGCAUCGACUAAGAAUACUUUAUUAAGAGAAGUUGGUAGUAAUAUUUUAGAUCAACAGAUUUUAGCUACAGAUUUUAAUGAUAUUACUGACACAAUCAAGGAAACUAAAAUUAAUGAAAAUGCUUUGUUAACUGAGCAUGAAAAAAUUGAAUUACAAAUUAAUCAACAACAACGCCAGAUGCAAUUACAAUCGGCUGGUGGCCAUCAACUAGUAUCUCAAACUAACGGGGUGUCAACUCAAUUAAAGUUUGAAGUUGAUGUAGAAGGAGGAUCAUUAAUUGAACAAUUGGAAGGAACUAAUUUAAUUUCAUUUAAGAUUGACAGUAUCAACGAAAAUGUUAAAAUUGAUUCAAAGAAAAACAUUUCAACUCCAACAGAUAUUGUAAUUAACACUGAACACCCAACAUACACUCUUUAUAAGAAUGGAAAUCUUAUUUAUUUUAUUUAUGCUUGUCCAUCAGGUAGUAAGGUUAAAGAUCGUAUGUUGUAUGCGUCUAACAGAAGUGGGUUCUUGAAAUAUUUAAGAGAGGAACAAGGAUUAUCCAUUGCUAGAGUAAUAGAGAUUGGUGAACCGGAUGAAUUGGAAAUUUCAUUAAUAUCUACGCUUACACAAGAAGAUUUAGAUAAAGAAGUACACCAUGACUCUACAGUAAAAAAAUUCAAUAGGCCAAAGGGUCCAGGAAGAAGAAAAAGAAUUUAA